CGUGAAUGGCCUUCACAAGGUACCACGCAGCAACGGCAGACCUCCCAGCGGCGUGGCUCCCCUCAACCAGAGGCGGGGGCGGUGCGGGCGGGUAGCCUGUUUGCUUUUAGGUUCCCCAACAAAAAAAAGGGAGGCCAGCCCGUGACGCAGGCUCCUUGUGGCACCCGACCCCCAAUCGCACCUCUGAGGCCGCCCAAGCGCAUUUGCACAGCUGCGCCCGGCGGCUGUGGUGUCAGGCCCUGCACUGAGGCGCCCAAAAGACACUCAUCCAAGACGGCGCCGGUGCCGUGGCACGUGUCCUCCACAGACUUGGCAACUGCGAGAUGCAUGGGCGGCAGCUGUGCGUGGCCAAACAGCCGGGGGCUCGCGAAGAGGAGGGGCCCAAGCCCACAGAGCGUUUGA